AUGGAUAAUAGAUUCAAAACAACAGAACUUUGCAAUGGGAGUAAAUUGCCUGUAUUUGGACUAGGAACAUAUAAAGUGGUUAGUAAGGAAGAAAUGGUAACAUUUUUGAGAACUGCACUAGAUUUAGGUUACAGACACAUAGACACAGCUAUCAUGUAUGAAAAUGAAAAAUAAAUAGGCGAUGCUCUUUAAGAAAUAUACAAAGAAGGAAAGUAUAAGAGAGAGGAUUUAUUUUUAGUAACAAAACUGUUUAGUAAUAAGAAUACAAAGGUUGAAGAUUAAGUUCGUUAAUCUCUACAAAAUCUUUAAACAAAUUACAUUGAUUUGUACCUUUUGCAUUAUGCCUCUUCUCCUCCAACAGAUUAAUUUGAGCUAACACACAAACCUGUUUUCUAAGUAUGGGCAGAAUUUGAAGAGCUUGUUUAAAAAGGUUUAAUUAGAAAUAUAGGUAUUUCUAAUUUUAAUGUGUAAAUGCUACUAGAUUUAUAUUCGUAUUGCAAGAUAAAACCUGUUGUUAAUUAGAUAGAAGUUAAUGUUUACUGCUAAUAACCACGUUUACUUGAAUUUUGUAAGAAAUUAAACUUGCACGUAACAGCUUAUUGUCCUUUAGCAAGGUGUUAGAAUACAGAUAAUGAUGCUUUACUGACUGAACUAUCUACAAAAUAUAAAAAGUCUGUAUGUUAAAUUAUGCUUUAGUUCCUUUUAAGCUUAGGUGUUUCAGUAAUUCCUAAAACACAGAACUUAGAAAGAUUGAGAGAAAAUAUUGAAAGUACCGAUUUUUCAUUGGAUGAAGCCGAUAUUGCUAAACUAAAAGGAUUGAAUAAAAAUUUUAGACUCAUUGAUCCCUAUGAUAGAGAAUGGUGGAAACGUGUCCCCUAUUUUGAUUGA